GGCAAUCCUCACUCUUGUCUCAUCAAGUAGCGGCAUUGCAUCGAGCAAUGCCCCCCUGUUGAGGGACCCAUGGACUGCUCGUCUUUUUACCCUUUCCCGCUGGAGGGAUCUUGUUCCAAAAAAAGCAGCUCGAGGAGAGACAAAUCUAAAGGGAUUCGACUGGCGUUUGUCUCGGAUUAAGCUCAGCGCAGCCAAUGGGAGUCUGGAGCUAGCCGGCAAAACUCAGCGUUCCCUCGUAUUCACUGGAUCUGGGGUCCCUUCAUCUUUGACGACUCGAUCGUUGAGGGAGGAGGGAUGAAGAAGAGGAUUUGCCGUCAAAGUCCACCGUCUUUUGCCUGGCUCCAGUGACGUGGCGCUGAGCUCGCGAGCACUUCGCAUUAUCUAACAGAUUGUCUUACUUCUUAAGCUUUUGGCGCUUGCAAUGCAACCUGAAAAUAGAAUGACAAGAAACGUUCGCUCUAGCUGUUGAUGCUCGCUUGCUGGUGAAGUGAGAUGGAAGUGAGUUCGGCGGCGUAUAUAUAAAGGGACAAGGGACUCGCCUCUGGACGCUUGGUAUCCUCCUUCACCGCCGCAGACAACUUCCAAUUCUCUCGCUACCAACAGGACGAAUAUCAAACCAGACGCUCGUUUAUCAAUACUUGAUACCACCAAAAAACCUUUACGAUGCAUUUCUCUAGCUGUGUGCUCGUCUCGGCUUUGGCCAUGGUUGCUAAUGUUGCUACCGCCUCUCCUCCACCGCUCCAUCAGCUGAGCCGUCCUGCCCUCAAGGAUUCCACCAUCUUCCGCUCUACUGUCUACUGCGCUGAUUGCCCCGAGGGAAACUGCUACAAGUGCACUCUUGGCCAUAACAACACCCUUAUUGCCAAUACCGGCGGCAUGGCCUACCUUCGCGCCCUUGUCGGCUUCCAGCUCCCCGUUCCAGCCAAGAAGGUCAAGAAGUGCACCGUUCAGUUCCCUGCCUUCGUCAAGUUAAUGGAGGCCCCUAUCAACAUCACUGUCUCCGAAGCUAAGUCCAACGACUGGAAUGAGGACACCGUCACUGGCGAGAACGCUCCUGAGACCGGUGAACCUUUCAGCACCUCCCAUGUCCCGGCUUUGACCAACCCACCUGCUCUCGAUGCCACCGAGGCCUGCAAGAAUGCUGCUCAGAACGGCGACUUCUCCAUCUACGUUGGCGCUCAGUUCGGUCGUUUCGAGAUCUGGUCCAAGGAUUCUGGCAACCCAGCCAUUCUUCACACUUACUACAAGUGAUUUCUUUUAAACUUCUCUUCGUGGUUACCUUCAUUAUCACCACCACCACCACCACCACCACCACCAUUGUACUUUCCUUUCCUUUCUUUAUGACUGUACAUAACGACAUGACUUGAGCGUUGGGGACUACCACGGACAAAUACGGAGUUAAGAGAGUCACUAGCAAGCUUGCAUUAAUCGAUAAUAUCUACAGCCUGAAUUCAAGAUACGUUUAUCGUGCAAGUCAUGCACCUCAUAUGGCCCCUUCCCUCCCGUAUCUUCCUCCGAAUGUUUGGAAUAAAGGGGUAAAUAAGUUUUUUUUUUCGCGCGUGGCAAUGGCGGCUACCAAAUAAAUAUUGGGCUCAAACGCUUUCACCCC